AUUCAUUUAUACCUUUAUUUCUUCAUCUGAUUCAAAACAUGCCAGAACCAACGAAAGAGCAAAUUCAACUUGUAUUCAAGAAGCUGAAGCAGAACAGAUACAACAAGGCAUGUUUUGACUGUAACUCCAAAAACCCAAACUGGGCUUCUGUAUCAUUUGGUGUUUAUAUCUGUACCGACUGCUCCUCUGCUCAUCGUAAUUUAGGUGUACACAUUAGUUUUGUUAGAUCUACCGUGCUCGAUUCGUGGAGUUGGGAACAACUUCGCAUGAUGAAGGUUGGAGGCAACCAAAAUGCUUCAGAAUACUUUUCUAAGCAUGGCGGCAACGGUGCCAAGGACACCAGAGCUAAAUAUUCGGGCAGAACAGGCGAACAAUAUAAGGAAUUAUUAGCCAAAAGAACUGCAGAAGAUGCCAUCGCUAAUCCUGCUACCGUUGUAAUUGAUAUGAACGAUGGUGUUGAAGUUGAGGAGAAAACACCAAUUGUCACACCCAUCGUACAACCUGCUGUGGAAUUAGCUGCUACUCCUGAAGUAGUCGAAAAAGAGGAAAUUAUACCAGUCGAACCUACGCAAGCACCCGUAAAAAUAUCUACACCUACAGCUCGGGCUGCCCGAUCAACUGUAGGAGCUCGUGCACCUCGUAAAUCCGGAAAAACAACAAAAUUAGGUAUCAAGAAAGCACCUGUCAACUUUAAUUUUGAAGCAGCCGAAGCUCAAGCGAAGCAAGAUUUGGAACGCAAUGUUAAAUAUGGUGUCGAGGAAGAAGAGCUAGCUAAAACAAACGAUAACAAUGCAGACGAAAAAUCAGCUCCUAAGGUUUUAUCAUCUCGUUUAGCAUAUAGCGACAAUAAUACUAGCGGCAGCACUAAGAACAAAGAAGACGAAUAUGAAAAACUAGGCUUUGGUAUGUCACGUAUGAACAUGAAUGAAAAUAAAUCAUCCAUCUCCAUGCCCUCCCAAAAAUCAUAUCAACAAAAGGAACAAAAUGAUAGUACAACUGCCAGGGAUAAAUUUGGUUCCGCUCGUGCGAUCUCCUCUGACCAAUAUUUCGGCAGAAAUGAAUACGAUCCAGCUGUUACUGCUGCUGAAUCUAGUCGCCUUACACAAUUCUCAGGAGCUAAAGCUAUUUCAUCCGAUCAAUACUUUGGAAGAGAAUCAGAUAACAAUGAUAAUCAAGGAUCUUAUGGAGGCAAUAAUAGAUCAUAUAAUAGUGGAGGUAACCCAGACGUUGUCUCACUUGGCGAAUGGGAUAAUGUACAGGAUCAAGCUGUUGCGAUGGCGAGAAAAUUUGUUGACCAAGCUGCUCUUGAUUUGGAUGCAGUUAAAGAUUUAGCUGAAAAUGCCUCCAGUAGGGUACGAAACUAUUUUAACGCAUAAACGAUAAUAAUAAAACAAAAUGUACGAACAAUUGGUCUGUUAGUAUGCUAAUUAUGCAUCGUAUAUGUAAAUUAUGUCUGAGAGGGCAACA